AUGUUGCUCUACAGACAAUCAAAAGAGAAGUUUGACAAGGAUCCUGACUUUAAGGAAAAGGCACAACGAGCUGUUGUUCGUUUACAGGGUGGAGAUCCUGUUUACGUCAAGCCUUGGUUAAAAAUUUGUGAAAUCAGCCGAACUGAAUGUUCCAAGGUUAUAAACCGCCUUCAAGUUGAUCUUGAAGAAAAGGGAGAAAGCUUUUACAAACCUUACAUAGCAAACGUGAUUACGGAAUUGGAUAGUAUGGGUCUAGUUGAACAACAUGAAGGUGCUCGUGUGGUUCGCGUCAAAGGCUUCAAGGUCCUACUCAUGCUUGUCAAGAGUGAUGGUGGUUUUAACUACGACACAACUGAUAUGGCUGCUCUUUGGUAUGCUGACCUAAGGUUAAAUAGAACGAUGAGUUUUAUUUUUAGCUAUGAUCAAAUGCUUAGUGACAAGGGAGAUACAGCUGUUUGCCUUCUUUACACUCAUACUCGGAUCUACUCUAUCAUCCAAAAGUCUGGCAAAGACAUUGGUGAGCUGAAAAAGAUAGGAAAGAUAUCACUGGAUAUUGCAGACGAACGUGCACUUGGGCUUCUCCUGCUUCAAUUUGCUGAGACGGUUGAGAAAGCGUGCACCAAAUUGUUACCGAACAUACUGUGCGAGUACCUCUACAACUUAUCCGAACACUUCACCAAAUUCUACACCAAUUGUAAAGUCAAUGGUUCAGCAGAGGUAACAAGCCGUCUCUUACUUUGUGAAGCAAAGGCUAUAGUCAUCCGGAAAUGCUUCCACCUUCUUGGAAUCACUCCUGUUUACAAGAUGUGA